AAAAAUUUGUUUCCUGCGUGAUAUUCCAACAUGUUUAUGAUGUUGUAAAUGUAAAUUGUUUUGAUACGUUUGAGGUAAAAUGGCAGCUGAAGUAAUUCCAUGUGGACCCUAUCCCGACUACAGUAUCACAUUAAUGUUGUUUUCAAAUGUUGAGAAUGCGGCAGAAAUUCGAAAAUGUGUCAUGAGUGGAGAAUUUGAAGCAGCUCUCCUGAAAACAGCAAUGAUUUUAGAGCCCUUCCAAGUAAUUGUUGCUGCAAACAGGGCCAUUCAUCUGCAGAGAGUUAAAAAAAUGAUGACCAAAAAUGUGCACUCAGAAGUUCUGUUUAGUCUUUCACCAAGUAAAAAUAUUUCAGAUUCUUUUCGAAAGUUUGGGCUUGCAGACAAUGACACAUCCAUGUUUGUAGUGAUAGUGAAUGACACAGAUGGUGCCACUUGUCAAGCGGUGACAAGCAAGGUUAAAGGUCAACUUACAGACAUAGUGGAAGUGGGGAAAUAUUCAGACUUACCAACAAUUAAGAAGAUCUAUAAGAUUUCUGAAACAGAGCUGUCAUCAUGUAGUGCAGUCGAAGCCAUUGUUUCAAGGAUAUCAAGUAAAGAAAUUGUCACUGUUUGACGGCUCCAUGAUAGUUUCUGUUUUGUGUGGUACAUCAUAAAUUGUGAAGAACUGCAACAUUUAACUGGGAUUUCAAGCCAUAGAUGAUCAGAACACUGUUUUUAUUGUAUUGAGUAACAUGUAACUUGUAAUGUCCAUGAGAGCUUGAAGCUAAUAAGAAAAGAUGGUGUAUAUGUGUAAAGAAUUUUAAGAAAAAGACAUAAUAUGUGUGAAAUGUCCAUAUUUAUUGUACAAUCCAUAAUAAUAAUGAUGAAUUCAAUUAUAAGCACUGAGGCUUAAUAUUGAUUUCUUUAGGUACAUGUACAUUUUUGCAACUGAAAGUCAAAAGCAUAUGUUAUUUGAGCAUUUUUACCAUUUUACAAGAAUCUUGAAAAACCUUUGAAACGUUGACCAGUCUAAUUAAAAUAAAACCUCUCACUUCUCUUGAUAUACGGACAAUGGCACAUAGUUACUGUCUGUAUAUCGAGUGAAAUGAGAGGUUUGAUUUUAAUCAGUCUGGACGUUGACCAAGUUAUGUGCAAGUGUAAGGAACGAUAACUCUGGGUAAAGAUGGUGUUUAAUGUUGACGAACAGCAUAAUCUAACAUACAUGUAUAUUUGCAGUGAUUUUAGUAUCAUCCAUGUAUUCAAUUAAAUCUUAGAUACAUUAAAUUCAUUAAUAUUGUUUAGUGGAUGAACUUUUAGGUCUUGAUGUAGAAUUUGUUUACUAAAAGUGAAUAAAUAUUUUUCUGAAA